AUGACAGACGCCAACUCUCCCUUCGACCCCGACGGCGACAGUCUCAUGCAGUCUGGCAAUUCUUCCCCCAAGCCGAGCACUCCUCACGCUCAGAUCCGCUCCAUCGCCAUCUCCGACCUCUCGCCUCCCAACUCACAGGGCGUCCCUCUUCCUGUCGACAUGCCCACCGUCGCUCCCUCGGCUUCCGGCGCAAACAUGAACGGCAAACGCCCCAUAUCCUCCAUCGAUCAGUCCCAAGAGUCGCAGGGCGGUGUACCUCUCGGUGCUGCUAUUCCUACCGAUGUGUCCGUCAGAGCUACAGCCACAUAUCAGUACACCCAACCAGAGGAUGCGCCUGGCUAUGCUUGGAAGAACAAAAAGGCUCAGGACGACUUCAACCGUGCUUGGGACUCGCUGGUCGACAAGAAUCGUAGAAUCGGCAACAAGUACGGCGACCCAUUCGCCAUGGCUGAUCGCGAACUCGCCAUGAUGAACCAGCCCUCACAGUAG